GUCUAUCUGGGUCACGCAGGCCGAAGACGAGCCUCGAUCUCGCCGCAGGAGGAGCUGGCUGUGGAACCAGUUCUUUGUGAUCGAGGAGUACAGGGGGCCUGAGCCGGUGCUCAUCGGACGGCUGCACACGGAUAUGGACAGGGGAGACGGACGCACUAAGUACACGUUGGAGGGAGAGGGAGUCGGCUCGGUGUUUGUCAUCGACAGCACCACGGGAAACAUUCACGUCACCAAGUCUCUGGACCGCGAGGAGAAGGACCAGUACAGACUCAUCGCCACCGCUACGGACCGUCAGACCGGCCGAGCCCUGGAGCCUUCGUCUGAGUUCAUCAUCAGGGUUCAGGACAUCAACGACAACCCCCCGGUCUUCCCCAGCGAGCCUUACGUGGCCACGGUGCCGGAGAUGGCCAAUAUAGGCACGUCCAUAAUCCAGGUCACAGCGAGGGAUGCAGAUGAUCCCACAUACGGAAACAGCGCCCGGCUGGUGUACGCCAUCACUCAGGGCCAGGACUAUUUCUCUGUGGAUCCCCAGACAGGCAUCCUUCGGACAGCGGUACCUGACAUGGACCGGGAGGCCCGGGAUGAGUAUCUGGUCGUCCUCCAGGCCAAAGACAUGGGAGGGCAUCUUGGUGGAUUAUCAGGGACCACCACUGUCACAGUGAGGCUGACUGAUGUCAACGACAACCCCCCUCACUUCAGACGGAGUGCAUGGUCAUUCUCUGUGUCGGAGCUGGCAGCACCAGGUGUGGAGGUGGGCCGCCUCUCCGCCGCUGAUCCUGAUCUGGGAGAAAACGCACAGCUGGAGUUUACCAUCCUGGACGCAGAGGAGGCCGAAACGUUCAACAUAACCAGCAGAGACCAGGAGGCUGUCAUUGUGCUCAACAAGCUGCUCGAUUAUGAGACCAGAAAUUCAUACACUUUUGCUGUCGAAGUCGCAAACCCCUUUGUGGACCCCCGGUACUUGAGGAACGGGCCCUUUAAGGACCAGGCAACAGUCCGGGUCAUGGUCCUUAACGCUGAUGAGCCACCUCGAUUCUCCCAGGCUCGGUACCAUCUGGACGUUUCUGAGAACUGCCCUCCUGUCUGCUCCGUUGGCCGGGUCUCUGCUGUGGACCCCGACACAGGACAAGGCAGCAACAUCAGGUACUCCAUCGAUCCCCAGUCAGACCCCGAGGCUCUGUUCCGCAUCGCCUCUGACACGGGCUUUAUCAGCACGGUGAUGGAGUUGGACCGUGAGCAGGAGCAGUGGCAUAAUAUCACAGUCAUCGCCACACAGAGGGACAAUCCAAAUCUUGUGACAAGAGUUGUGGUUGCAAUAGAGACAAUGGACCAAAAUGACAAUGCACCUGAGCUGGACAGAGAGUACACCACAUCUGUGUGCGACUCCAGUGCCCCCGGGCAGGUAGUCCAGGUUCUGCGAGCCAUCGACAAGGACCAGGGAGGUCAGGACACCCCGGUUCACUUCAGCAUCCCCCCAGAGUCCAGCUCUGCCCUGAACCUCUCCAUCAGGGAAUCUGGAGGUGUGACAGCCAGCCUGGUUCUGCAGUCAGCCUUGGAGCCCCUCCCUGGCUUCUCCUCAUCCUUACUCACCCUCUACGUGCCAGUUGUGCUUCGCGACGGAGCCUCGGGUCUGACUAACACUGGCACGGUCACUGUGACCAUUUGUCCAUGUCUGCGAGGGGGCAUGCAGACGGAGGACCGGGGAAAGCAGAGGGACAGGCGUUGGGAGAGACACAUGGUUUGUCUCCCCAUGCCGUCUUCGUCUGCGUCUCUCAUUUUCAGUCUGGUCACCUUACUGGCAAUGCUGGCAUGUGUCACCACUCUGCUUGUGGUGUGUGCACUCUCACUGUCAUUGCGCCAUCAGAAGCGAGACUCCCACUCGCCCUUCGAGGAGGAUGAUGUCAGGGAGAACAUCAUAUCCUAUGAUGACGAGGGGGGAGGGGAAGCAGACACCGCAGCGUUUGACAUUACAGCGCUGCAGAGCAUGCACAGAAUGCAGCACAUACACAACAACAGGAACAUAUGGUACACCCCACAGAAUCCUCCCCGGGCCAGGACGUACAGCUGGAGUCGUAACCCGCGCCCCGGCCUGAGCCCACAGCAGCGGCCGGGCUCCGCUCCGCUCUACGGACGCCUUUGUUACGGCCUCCACACGCUGCCUGUUCUCCGAGAUUAUCCAGUCGGGCCUCUGGAGGCGGGCGUGCAGCUCACACAGCUGACCCACAGGCUCACAGGAGGUCAUCUCGGCAGCUCUCUGGUGAUCCAGAACCAGAACACCUUUGAUCCUCUGCAGCGCUCUCCUGAGAUCAGCACCAGUUGUUAUAAAGCGGAGCACAUGCUGGCGAAGAGCAAAAUCACAGACAGGCAUGAAGGCAGUGAAGCGAAGCCAGCUGACACAAAAGAGCAGCAGGAUCAGGCCAAGAUAAAACCGACAGAAAUGGAGUCGACACCAGCCAACGACUCUGCAGAUCUGUCCCACUGUGACCCAAAUGAGUCUUCAUGCCAAAGUCACACCAGCUCGUCGUCAAACCAACACGAGGGGCGGCCAGGGUCAUCGCAGACCCAGAUCAGCACCGGAGCCACCAGCUGCACUCUAGAUGACAUUGAUACUGACUCUUCUAUCCCCUCCGUUUCAGAGCGAAAUUACCCAAACGGAGGAGUGCCGGGCUCCAUAAACCCUCCUGUUUACCUUUCAGGAGACACGUACAGCAUCGUGGGCUCGCUGAACCCAAACAGCAGAGGGACGAGUUUGAACGGGACGAGCAGCAGCAGCGCCGGUUUGUUCCCAGCGGGGAUGCAGUUACUGAACAUGUGCAAACUCCAGGGGAAGGAUCUGACCUCGCAGCCUUUGUCCUUAACCGGGGGGCUGUUUGGCAACAGCAGAGGCUGGGUGUGCGGAGCAGAGCCCAUGAGAGGAGAGGCCGCCAAGCCGCCGCAGCCUCUCCGGAUGGAAGAUCUCCUGAACAUCCGUCUGGAUCAGGUCACCUUUGACCUGACGCAGCCACCGUAUGACUCACUGCAGACUUAUGAGUUUGAGGGCCGUGAUUCACGAGCUGAGUCACUGAGCUCACUGGAGAGCGACGGAGAGAAGGACGAGGGGAAAGUGGUGGGAGGGAUGGAGGAGUUAAACCAGAAGUUUCAGAGGCUCGUGGAGAUCAUCCGAGAGAGGGAGCAGGAGAAAGAGGGAGGCGGAGGGGAGACAAAGGGGGGAGAGACUGCUGCGGCGCCUGACGAUGAGACUCAUAAACAAAAGGAGGACAAAGAGAAACAACAACAGAGAUGGGAUUUCUAG